GGGCCAAUGAACGCACGAAGCGCUGGACGGUCGUUGGGCGCGAGGCCGGCGCAUGGCGGACGCGGCGCUGUUCGAGUUUCUGCACAUGGAGAUGGUGGCGGAGCUGUGGGCGCACCACUCCGACCCUGGCCCUGGGGGACAGAAGAUGAGCCUGUCUGUCCUGGAGGGCAUGGGCUUCCGUGUGGGCCAGGCCCUGGGCGAGAGUGUCUGCCGCUGCCCCCAGGCUGCCCCAGGAGACGCUGGCCUUCAGGGAGGAGCUGGACGUCCUCAAGUUCCUAUGCAAAGACCUGUGGGUGGCCGUGUUCCAAAAGCAGAUGGACAGCCUCCGCACCAAUCACCAGGGGACCUACGUGCUGCAGGACAACAGCUUCCCCCUCCUCAUCCGGAUGGCCUCCGGCCCGCAGUAUCUGGAGGAAGCACCCAAGUUCCUGGCCUUCACCUGCGGCCUCCUGCGAGGCACCCUCAGCACCCUGGGCAUCAAGAGCCUGGUCACCGCCUCCGUGGCAUCCCUGCCCACCUGUAAGUUCCAGGUGGUGAUUCAGAAAACCUGAGAAGCCCCGGGCCCGCACCCCAGCUGAGCCUCACCGCCGCCCCGGCCUGGGGGGGCCUCGGACCACUGCCUUUGGGGGUGGCCAGAGGGCUGGUGUUGGGCACCCCAGACUCUAUGGGUGAUGAACAGGUGGGGGGCGGGGGUCCAGCCGCUUCAGGGAGUCCCAUGUGCUCAGGUGGGUGUCCUAGGGAGGUAAGGGCAUCCCACGUUGGGGCUGGUGUGAAGGGUUCCCUGCACGGGACUCCUCCUCCUGCGCGGCAGGUGCCCAAUAAAGGUUUUGCGUGUGGA